AUGGCUGUGGUAGUAUGGGCCCUGUCUCUUCUGUUACUGUUGGUCCUGUCUUCCCCGGGGGUCUGCUCAGCUCCCAGUGCCCAGCACCUGUGUGGCUCACACCUGGUGGAUGCCCUCUACCUGGUCUGUGGGGAACAAGGGUUCUUUUAUAACCCCCACAGAAUCCCCAGAGACCUACUCCUGCAACACCUUAUAGGGUUCCUGUCUAGGAAGAGCAGACAGGGUUGGAGGGUGAAGCAGGAACAUCCAUGGAAGGACCAUGAAGACCAGAAGGUGAAAAGAGGCAUUGUGGAACAGUGCUGUCAUAAGCCAUGCAGCUUCAGCCACCUGCAGAGCUACUGCGACUGA